GGCGGAGCUGCUAUGACUUAUUCCGAACAAAGCCUCUUUUUUCUUACAAACGCCUUCCGAUGCCUGAGUCACCGCGCGCGGCGGUAUGCCGGCCUGGGAAAGCGAGCCAAACUCGGGGGCGGCGGAUCACCCCGAAGACAGCUGUACGCGGCUCUUACGAGAACAAACCUGCCUAGUGACGAGCGGAAAGACUGACGGGAUUCAUAAUGGAACCGCGUUUAAAUGAGACUUUGUUUUUGCUUCGGAUUUAAGAUGAAUAAAGGACGUUUUUUCAGCGUAUGGCUACUUUUCACAGUUUUUUAUCCACAGUUUUCAAAGUGUGAUGUUUCAUGUCAGCGGGUCAAUGAAAACGAUUUCAGCCGGGGAGAGUGUCCAGUCAGGCUGACCUCGGUGGCGUUUAACAACUCCCAUGGAUACUUUGAAAAUAUUACCUUUCAAGUUUGGAUGAAAAGUGAAGAGUUAUGCGAAUGCCCCAAGAUUGAAAUUCGUGGGAAACGUGUCAGUGUUAUUAGACCUGUCCUGAAAAAAGAAAGAGAGCCAUCAGAGAAUCACAGUGGAACACUUCGAUGUGAAAAUAAUAGCAGGGCAGGCGGGAAAUGCAAGUGUAACAAAAAGUUAACACAAAAAAGACAUUUUAAUUGGUGGAAACUGGAGUAUUAUUAUUCCAAAGCUGAAGCUGGGACGAAUGUUUCCAUCUCCUAUGUAACAAGCUCAUCAAACUGCAGUGUUACCUACCAAGUACCAGACCCCCGACCAGACUUCACUGUGAAAGUCAAUAAGUCGGCCAGAACGAUCGCCGUGUCUGUGGAUUCUGCAGAAAAAGUCAACAGCAGGUUGUGCUAUAAGAAGCAUUCUCUGUUCUGUGGCUAUGGAUCCGGGCUGAAUCACGACCCAGAAAAAGUUUCUAAAUCGGUUGUUUUCAACAUCUCCUACCUGCUGCCCUGCCUGUGUGUGGAGGUUUAUUACACCUACAGAGACGCUAGGAGACGAAAAAUCUGCCCUUUUGAAAAUGAAAAUCUCCUAGAUGCUGAAGAUGUUCUGCGUACCUCAGAAGUUACUGUGUACAACUCAGAAAUCAAAUGGGGCUACGAGUGUCCUGCCCCUGGUCUCAACCUCUCUGCCUCCCUCUGCUGGAAGCUUCAGGAACAUCUCUGUGUACCUGUGCCCAACUCUGUCCUGAAGAAGACAGAUCAACUACACCUGAUGUUUAACACCUCUGGCGUUGACGUUCAUCCGCAGAUGUGUGUGAAGUUUUCUUUACAAGACAAACAUAAUAUUUCCUGCCUUUACCAGAAUGAAAAUCCUGGUUGGGAAGCAGAUAUUGGAGCAGGAAGGCAGAGCAUGGUGGUACAUCUCACCUCCUCUACCCCGGGGAACUUUUCAGCUCAGCUCUGUGUUCUUACUGAUAGUGGAUGCACACCUGUGGGACCAAUCCACUCUGUAGCAAUGACAGAAGACGUCUCCAAGAAAAGCAUUGAGGUUUCUGUUGAUCUCACUGAUGAGAAGCCCUGUGUUCAGGUGUGGAAAUCAGAUCCGGCUCUUAUUGGAAGAAGAAUUCUGUGCUUGGACUACACGCGUAACAGAAGCGGGACGUACGCAGCGGCAGCCGUCAUGUCUGGCGUGGUUUUCCUGCUUCUUGGAAUGGUUAUCCGCCGUGUCAUCAAAAGUGUAACGGAAGACUGGCUGGUCAUCCAGAAGCCGCUGCUGCUGGUGUGUUCAUCAGACCAGUCCACGCAUGUCUCUGCUGUCUGCGCCUUAGCCUCCAUCCUUCACGGGAAGCUGGGCGCCACGGUGCACACGGCCCUCUGGGCUCAGAGCUCCCAAAAGCCGUCUGCGAGCGGAGCCGGCGUGGCAGACCUGGGCCCAGUUCCCUGGCUGUACGGACAGUGGGAAGCUGUCUGCAAGGCACAAGGAAAAGUGCUGAUCGUUUGGAGCCCUGAUGCCAAGAAGACCUACGAGAGGUGGAGGCUGGAGAGGAGGAAGAAUGGAAGAGCUGAAGACUGCAGAAAAGAAAAUCCAAGGCAGGAAAAAAUCAGAGCAGAGGAGGAAGAGCUCUUAAACAGUGACAGUAGAAAGGUGGGAAAAUGGAAAAAAGCAGCAAGAAAAAAGGAUGCUGUUCAAAUGUGUGAGGAAGGAGACGGGUUUUUAGAGAAGGAGCCCUCUGCAGUGAUAGAGCCCGUGUUUGUGGCGGCGCUGGCCUCUUUGGAGGGGGCACUGCGGAGCUGCAAAGAUCAACAAGUCGCCAUCGUCUAUUUCCAGGGACUGUGCCACAGCAAGGACAUCCCAAAGGACCUGAGAGGCAUCUCUCGCUACUGUUUACCUCAAGAUUUCAGUGGUUUACUGCAGGAGCUGGGCAUGGAGAGGGGCGCAGGGCAUUGGCCCAGACUCCCGUCCAAGCUGUUAUCGACGUGGCUGGCACGCCGGCUGGCUCGCCGGCUGCAAACGCUGCUCCUCCAGAUGAAAGGACAGAGCCUCUCGUCAUCGGCGAAAUGAAACGGAGCAGGUUCGGGUUGCAGUCGCCUGCCAGGUCGGGAGGCGUACACAAGCAGGAGCUCCUUCAGGAGGAGUCAAGAGAGGAGCUGUGAUCUCAAGUUUCACGUGCCAGUCUUUUUUUGUUCUACUGGAAAUAUGAUCCUCAAAGAAAUUGGAGCCCGUUGUUCUACAGUUGAGCAUAUCAGAGGUGCUCACCUGGCAGGGCCUCUUCAUUACCACUUGUUUGCAUAAUGAGGAGCGAUAAACGCUCCUGAAUUCUGACGUUUGGGACUCCUUCUUAUCUCUAAAUAUGUCACCCACCGUGGAGACGAUCUUCCAAAUGAUCAUUUGACGUUGGAAUGUUUUAAAUACCGUUGACAGCAAAGGUGACUAAAAGCCCAGACUUAACUGUUUUCCCACAGAAACCUGCUGAUUUGCAUGGGGUUUUCCUAGCAAACAAACAGACAGACAGACGGAGCCGUCUCUGGAAUUCCUUCAUGGAGCGCCCGAGGCCGAAGACGCGGCAUAAUGAUUAUUUCCAAAGUAAGCUGUAAGUUCUUAAGAAGGGUCUUAAAGUACAAACUUGCCACUUUACUGCCAGCCUAUUACCGUCUUCUUGCUGAGCGACUUUUGCACACACGCUACCUCAUAUUAAACUUGAAAUGAAAAUGCUUGGAAAAGAUCCAGGGAAGGACAAAGUGUCAAAGAAAUAUAACCGGGUCAGCUGCUGUAUCCAAAAAUCACUGAAGAAAAAGGUCUCCACAGGGGUACUUUCCCCACUUUUCACUUUUACCUUCAUAAGACAAUUAAAGCCAACUGAAAAUGUUAUGCAAAGCAGCUUUAGCUAAUAAGCUGGGGAGUCUGUCCAGGUCUGCACACAAUGGGACUGACUCUCUCCAGUCGUAUUUGUUCAGUUCUCUGUUUGUGUUUUGCCGCUUAAAUACACAGAGGUGUCUUUAUGUUGGCGCUGCACCAGUUUCAAUACAGAACAAUGCACAGGAGUGUGAAUAAACUAAAGAUUUCAUAGCAAAA